AUGCCAAAUCCCGCAUCAUACAGAACCGCGCUCGAAGUUGAAAAGGAGCUCCUCAAGAGCCUUGCCGAGAAAGAGCCUACGUUUGCUGAAAUAUCCCAUUAUCUUUCGGAGUUAGUUGCUCCCCUCCUGCCGUCUUGCGGUGCUUUGGAUGUUGAACCUCGCCUCUGGGAUGCGCAUCUUAAGAUCAACACCCGAUUCCGCAAAUUGCUCUCUCGCUUCCGGGAGGAAAGCGGAAAGAAGAAAAAGCCGGUAGAGAGGCGGAAGCUCGAGAAACAUUACCUCGAGUUUAUCAAAUCAAGUCAACGAUUCUAUCGAGCUUACAUCCAACAACUGUCCUCCCACUUUGGUGGCAUCCCGGAGCUGGAAAAGGUCGCGCGGAAAUUCAAUUCUGACAAUCUAUCCGCGGAGCCUCCGAUCCGAACUUCCGAAGCCCUCAGAACGCACAUCCUUCAAUCAUGCCAUUCGACCCUCAUCCGUCUCGGUGAUCUCUCGCGCUACCGCGAGACCGAACUGGUCAGCAAGAACCGCAAUUGGGGUCCAGCCAUAGGUUACUACGACCUGGCUACAUUGAUUUACCCAGCCUCCGGUGCCCCUCAUAACCAAUUGGCGGUCAUUGCUCUGGCCGACGGGAACCAUCUAAGGGCCACUUACCAUCUGUAUAGAGCGUUGGCUGCUCAAGAGCCACACCCUUCAGCCAAGGGUAACCUUGAGAUUGAAUUCAGGAAGGUCAUGAAUGCGUGGGUCAAACGAGAGUUGAUCCGACCCGAAGACGCUGGCAUUCCCGGAAGGUCAUUGGCCCCUUGGUUUGUAUACCUUCACGCACAGUGUUACAGAGGGAUUGAUUUCCCUGAACAUGACGAGCUUGAAAGUGAAGUUCUGAACCAACUUGCCGUGGAUCUGAAGGAACGCUCCUUGGAAGGUACUUUACAGAAGUUCUGCCUGAUCAACAUCGCUGCUGAGGAAUUUUCGCGGACUCACACGAGUGAGGAUUCCACAUCCAAUGCCCGCUCGUUCUUUCAGCGGAUCAACGUGAAGACCUUCUUUACAUUGCUCCAGAUCCUCCUGGCCGAAGUAGAACGGUUUGCGGUUGAGGAUCCAAGCAACAAAGACGCCAAAACCGGACCUGAUAAGGUUACUGUUGUCGCACGACGUGUCCUUCCGGCGCUUCGGAAUUACAGCUCUUGGCUCCUUACGGCCAGCAGCCUAUUGGUGUCCUAUCAAGGAGAGAAGGACAGUCCUCUAGCUGUCCAGAUAAUCGAGUUCUGGAAAAUUUACGCCAACACUUUAACCCUUCUUGCGUCGACGUUCGAUGUAGUGAAUUUGCCUGAGAUUGACUAUUUGCUGGAAGAGGACGAAGAGACCUUGUGCUUUGCGCCCUUGGCCAAAGAGGCAACUUCCCGGAGGUAUCUUAGCUCGAAUGGCCAGCAGAAGCCCCGAAUGAACGAUCCUGGGGUAGAAAGGAAUCACCCCAAUAUGGAGAUGCUCUACCGGAUCCGCGAAUUUGUUAUUGAUGGCUUGGAUCUCGUCGUGAGCAAGAAAAUACCCAUUGCCCUGGUGGACGACGAAGACAAGAAAACAUUCAUUUACCAGGAAGAAGGGCUCCCUUCGCAAUUCUUCGCCAGUCCCUCGGGCCAUCACCAUACGAUCUCAUCUGCUAGUAUCGAACGGGACGACAUUCAAAAGGCAGCACCUGAUCCCAGCCACAACAUUGACACUAGGAGUGUCUUUGGUGGGUCACAGGCCGCCUCUGCAUCAAUGUCUGCUAGCAUGCAUCGGAUUGUGGAAGGUGUGGAAAGAUUAGUUGAAUCUGACACCUACGAGAAUGCCCCGGCCGUACCAGAGCAGCUGGCUUUUGCACGGAGCAGCAAUCAACAGCGACCAUCCAGCCAGUUCUUCGAUUCGAGCAUGGAUUCAAUCUUCCAAGAGGAUCUUCUUCCCAGGCAGACCCCUGCUGCUCCCCCCGGACUCGUACCCCCUGUGACUGGUUCUGCACCUCUCGUCCGAGUGUCGUCUUCCCACUCUUACACCCCCCGACCAGCCCUUCCCGGUAUUCCAAGCAUUUGGAACACAGCUCUGUCGCCGGAACUCGGUGACGCGCCUUCGCCGCGGACUCCGCCAGGUCUGGGACAACACUACCCGGCUUCCAUGCUGCCUGGAAACAUCACCAGCCCCAACCAUCAUCUACCGACUCAGGAUAUGAUCGCUAAUGAGCUCAUGCUCCGGCAGAGCAUGAUAAACCAAGCCUCGAGGCACAGUCCGCUCAAUGGACCUAGCACCAUACCCUCCUCCUGGAUGCCCUCGCCCAGCUCUACGUCGCACCACCGCCUUUCUGGAUUCUCAUGGGACCGAACCUUAGUAGAUACCGCUGCAAACACCCCUGGUUCCUUAGGAGUGUCCAGCCAACCCAUGUCCAGCGGCCUAAGUAAUGCAUCGUGGGCCAAUAAUGCAUUUAUCGCCAGCAGCUUCCCGUCCGGAACAGGGUUCCCUAGUUCCGGUUUCACCAACAGUCGUAAAUCCGCCACGCAAUACGGUGCCAUCGGGCAGACCCCUCCUUGCGGCCAUGGAGGCUGA